AGAAAUGGAGGUGGAAGAAAGAGGCAGAGGGAACAAAAAUGGAUACAUUUGAGGGCUGUAGAUGAUUCAGAUUUUGAAAGAGGUCAAGUUGAUGAUUGUCGUCACCUAGAAGAAUCAAAAUCGAAAAGGAGAGUAUUGAUUUCGGGAUUUCGAUAGAAAUUCAGGCAAGUAAUUGAAUUGAUUCGAUCAAAUGGACAUAUGGAAGAAGACAAAAUCCUGACUACCUCCACCAGGAUCGCCAAUAUCGUCUCCGAGACGCGGUCCAAGGAGUUUGCCGCCGAGGCCAAAGCCGUUGCUGACCACCGCAUUAAGUCCCUUACUAAGAAGAUCCCCUCCAUCACUCUUCUCAGUGCCUCAUUGCCUUUCUCGGAUCUUGAGAAAUUCGGCAUCACUGACAAUCUGAGACAGUUAGCCCGAGGAUUCACGGUCAAUACAUUUCGGAAUUUCCCCAUUCAUGUUAAUCGAAGAAAUUUGAACUUCAGUUUCAAAUUUAGUGGAUCCGGAAAGAGUUGAAACUCUUAAAUGUAUGUCAUCCUUAUUUCAGAUUCCCCAUUCAUGGUGAUUGAAGAAAUUUGAACUUCAAUUUCAAAUUUAAUGGAUCCGGAAAUAGUUGGAACUCUUAGUGUAUGUAUGUCAUCCUUACUUCAUAU